AUGACUCCCAUUGCGGUUGAAACUACAAAUUCCCACAAUGUGGGAACUGGAGUUCAACCAACAAAAGCACACGAUUUGCAGCAUGAACCCAUGAGUGCUUCUGGCCUGCUCGACCAUCAGAAGUUUUUUGAAAUCACCCCUCUCAUUGGUAGAGAAUAUCCAGACGUUCAGAUCGCGGACUUGAUGCGAUCAUCCCGGAGAGACCAAUAUAUCCGAGAUCUCGCAAUUACAGUCUCCGAGAGAUGUGUGGUCUUUUUCAGACAGCAGGAUGGAAUGACUCCCGCGCUCCAGAAAGAAUUGGCGCUUUUGCUUGGCAGUCUUAGUGCGCGUCCUGCUCUGAAUGGGCUCCACAUCCAUCCACUGGUGGAGGGAAAGAUGGAAGUUGACUUCAUCGAUAGAGGUGUGAAUGUCAUUUCUUCUCAGAUCAGCCAGAAAUUGGAAGGAGAGAGAUACGGUGAUAGGUAUUCGUUUGCCAGUCGCGGCUGGCACAGCGAUAUGUCUUGGGAGCCUAUGCCAUCUGAUUAUGCCGUACUCAAAAUGAAUGAAACUCCACAUAGUGGAGGUGACACUCUUUGGGCCUCUGGAUAUGAGGUCUACGAUCGGCUCUCAACACCUAUGCAGAAGUUUCUGGAGGGCUUGACCGCCAGCCAUGAUGUGCCGCAAUUCAUCGCGCAAGCUGAACGUGUGGGCUUUAAUAUUCAUCCUGGGCCACGAGGCGCACCAGAGAAUGUUGGAACACAUUUGACAGCCAUACAUCCUCUGAUUCGAACAAACCCAGUCACAGGAUGGAAGUCCGUCUUCUGUUCUGGUGGUAACACGCCUAGAAUCAACGAAUUGACUAAACAAGAGUCCGAUAGGACUUUGGAAUACCUGGCAGAUCUGUGCAACCAGAACCAUGAUCUGCAGGUCCGCUUUAAGUGGGGCGUCAACGACGUCGCCGUCUGGGACAAUCGAAGUGCAUAUCGUGGGUCAACUCAACCUCCUUUCUAG